AGUGUAGAAAAUACGUUGAACGGCUUCAAACGGUUGACUUUGUUGCUCUCUUUGUGGAAAGGUUUCAGUUUUCGUCUUAUUGUUCGCACAAGCAGAACACUUGAAUUUCUAUUCAUUUGAUAACAAGGAUCGAGUAUUGUUCAUUCGUGAAAAGUGUCGCUUUCGCCACUCUUGAUAAAAACACUUUUCGGAGACUUUCUCUGUUAAUAACUUCUAUUUUACUUUUUUAUUGUAACAAGAAAGGAGCUUUCACAUCUACUUGUUAUCAUCUUGUUCUUUUUUUAUCGUAUAUGCGAAUGAAUUAUACAUGAGUGGUGAAAUGUUGCGAAUAAUAUUACCCUUCUUAUUGUCAUGCAACAAUGAAUUAUUAUUUUGUUUAAACACAGCUUAUGCCAAAUCUGACAUCGUCGAUCGACCUUACUUUGCUGAGAAUGCGAGAAACAUCACGGCAUUAGCAAAUGAAAGCGUAACGCUGAAGUGCACCGUUAAAAACAAAGGAAACAGAACAGUUUCAUGGAUGAGAAGACGAGAUCUUGCCAUUCUAACAUCGAACACAUUUGUCUACACAACCGACACGCGCUUUUCUGUCAUUCACAUUCCUGAUUCAAACAAUUGGGAUCUGAGAGUUAAGCCUGCUUAUGAGAAAGAUUCAGGGGUGUACGAGUGCCAAAUUAACACAGAGCCGAAAAUAAACUUCCCAAUCUAUCUUGAAGUGAUAACCGACGCUGAUGCGAUGAAGGAGGAAGGGUACAAGAUCGUUAACAGAUUUGAUGGAAGAGCUCCGAGAGCAAAAAUCGUUGGCCCUACAGAGCUUCAAGUACUGAGGGGAAGCACAAUUUCUCUGACUUGCACGGUGAAUCUUCAAGCAUCAUUAAUACUAUGGUAUCACAAUUCGACGAUAAUAAAUUCAGAUUUCACACGGGGAGGCAUUAAUUUAGAGAACGAAAAGACGAGCGAGGGCACAACAAGUCGUUUGCUUUUGACACGAGCCAUGUUUAGAGACAGUGGAAAUUAUACUUGCGUUCCCACAUCAUCAUCAAGCGACUUAAUAACGCCAUCCUUGACAGCUCUUCCAGAUUCCGUCACCGUUCUUGUUGUCUUGAUUUUAACAUUGGCCGUGCAAACGUUCAACCGUGCAAAAAAAAGAAAAGAAAGAAAUAGGGAAACAAAUAAUCAAAAAGAAACAUAAGAAAAGAAAGAAAUAAGGAAGAAAGAAAAGCAAGUAGUCAAAAUGUGAACUUUGUGUGGUACUGUCAGUGGUAUUAUUACAUUAUAUAAAUUAAUAAUGAGAGUUUGCGUAACGAAUAUUAUUGCGUUAUGCGUAUGAAAAGGUGGAAAAUUUAUUGAAACUUACUAUGAAGAAUAAUUUAGUGAUUUUAUUAACUAAUGGAACAUGAAUUUGUGUUGAUUGAAUUUCGUUACUACUUGCAUGUUCAAUUUAAAUAUUUCGCAAAAGACUUAAGAACCAAAUCAAUAAUAAGAGAUAAAAAAGCAGAAUUGAAUACGUAAUUUAAAUUCAGUAGAAAAGUAUCUAAAUGUUAUUUAAGUGUUCAUUAUGGAUGCGACAAUAUUAAUAAAAGGAAUCAUAUCAAUAUUUACAUAUUGGUUGCAAUUCAACAUUCUGUUUAUUCUAUGUGAUCAUCUUGAUAUCGUAACAAAUACUACAAACAAUAUCUUAGGAUUAAAUCAAACAAAUGAUAACUUUUUCGUACAACAAAAGGAGCCGUACUUUGGCAGUAAUCAAAAUUCAAAUAUCACAGUUUUGGAGAACGAAUCAGUUGUGCUAAAAUGUGUUGUAAGAAACAAAGGAAACAAGACUGUAUCAUGGAUACGUAAGAAAGAUCUACACAUCUUGACAUCUGAGAAUUUUGUAUUCUCUGGUGAUCAAAGGUUUACCGUCUUACAUCAAGCGGACGCUAACGAAUGGAAUUUAAACAUCGAACAUGCAACAUUGAAAGAUUCGGGCGUUUACGAGUGCCAAGUCAACACGGAACCGAAAAUUAAAUUAUCAGUGAUGCUCGAAGUGACAGUUCCAGAAGUUCUUCAAGAACGAAUUAUUGCGUCUGCCAAUAGUUUUAAUGGAAAAGUAAAGUUCGCUAAAAUCGUUGGAUCAGCAGAGAUUCAUGUGAAAGUUGGAAGCACAAUCGCUUUAACGUGUGUAGUGAACCAUCAAGUCCCUUCGAUUCAAUGGUUUCAUAAUCAUAGCCCAAUCGAAUUCAAUUCCAAUCGAGGUGGCAUUAACUUAGAGACGGAAAAAACACAUGAUGGUACAACGAGUCGAUUGUUAUUGACGCGAGCACAAUUUAGAGAUGGUGGCAACUACACGUGCAUGCCCCAAGGUGCAAUCCCAGCUUCGGGAUUCGUUCAUGUUUUGAAUGGCGAACAUCCGGCAGCAAAAUAUACGAGUGGCGUCACCCCACUCUCGUGCUUCUCUCACAGUGUCAUUCCAUGUACCACUUUUCUGUUGCUAUAUCAUCAUUGUUGUACGAGAAAGGUUGUCAACUUCUUCCUCGCCCGAUUAAGUUGACUAUAAAAAUGUCUACAUGAUGGAAGCUGUAAAAUGAAAUUUGAUGUAGCGACGAAAACUUUCACCCACCAGCCGUCGUCUUUUUUUAUUUUAUUCACUCAUCUCUGUUCGAUUUUUUCUUUUUUCCUUUUGACUUUUGUUUUGUAAAUAUGACUUUUGGAAAGUUUUCCUUUUUUUUCUUUCAUUUCUUUAGUUUCAAUCCUAUACUUUGCAAAAGAAACGAAGCUAAGACAAAAAAGAAACAGAAAAAAACUUCGACAUAGUUGAAUUGAAGGAAGAAACUUGUUUUUAUUCCCAUGGAAAGAAAGAAUAAAUUUUAUGUUCUGUUCUUAGUAUAAGUUGUUCGUUCGACUUUUUCAUAUUUUCUUUUUGUUCAUCGUAAGGAAAACAAUUGUUAAGAAGAGUAAAAAAGUUGGGAACUUAUCUAAGAAAAUAAAACUGAAAUUGAGAAGAAUUAAACGAGAA